AAUAUGUUUUGUUCUUUUAUUGACUAUUUUAGUGUGAUUGACAUAUUUCCCUAAUUAAGCUCUACAAGCCACAGAACAGUACAGUUAAUUGCUUUUUAGCAAUUGGGUAUCACACUCCAAUCUACCUGGAUUUCUUAUUGAUCUCUGGACCAGUGUACCAGGCAAAUUUGAAAAUCAAAAUCACAAACUCAAAUCAUGGGUACUAAAGAUGAUGAAUACGAUUAUUUAUUUAAAGUUGUCCUAAUUGGAGAUUCUGGUGUCGGGAAAAGUAACCUUUUGUCAAGAUUUACGAGGAAUGAAUUUAAUCUCGAGAGCAAAAGUACAAUCGGUGUAGAAUUUGCAACGAGAAGUAUACAAGUUGACGGGAAGACAAUCAAAGCUCAAAUAUGGGAUACUGCAGGACAAGAAAGAUACAGGGCCAUCACAUCGGCGUACUACAGGGGUGCAGUUGGUGCUUUGUUAGUUUAUGAUAUAGCAAAACAUUUGACAUAUGAAAAUGUUGACCGAUGGUUGAAGGAACUCCGUGAUCAUGCAGAUAACAAUAUAGUCAUCAUGUUAGUCGGAAACAAGAGUGAUUUACGACAUUUGAGAGCUGUACCUUCUGAUGAGGCGAAAGCAUUUUCAGAAACUCAUGGUCUAUCAUUCAUUGAAACUUCGGCUUUAGAUUCAACCAAUGUAGAGACAGCUUUCCAUAAUAUACUUACAGAGAUUUACCGCAUUGUGUCGCAGAAACAAAUCCACGACACGCAAAGCGAAGAUUCGCCUAAAAAUGGACAGGGCGUCGACAUAGUGAUACCGUCAACUUCCAAUGGCCCCUCUAACAAACAACAAGCCUGCUGCAAAGCACUCUAGAUGCUUAGUAUCUCAGCGAUAGUGGAACAAUCCAGGGACCAUAACUAUGGUAUUGUGCUUAGCUGUAUCUGAGUAAAGCAAGUUCCUGACCCUUGAUUCAGAAAUCAAUUUUUUACCGAUAUCUAUAUCAAAUCUACUUGAAAAUAUUACAUGGAUUUGUAAUGUAUCGUUCAUUAAAUAUGUAUUCGAAUCAAUUCUUAUUUCAAUAUUAUUAUCUAUUUUUGUCAAACAUUAUUGUGUUUUGGUGCAAGAGUUACUCACCGUAAAUUCUCAUUAAUCUUCCAUUUCACUUUAUUUAACAUGGCUUUUUCUUUGAAAAAAUAGGAAAAAGGACAUAAUAUACAUUUAUUAGAUAUGGCUAAUUUUUUAUUGUUUUAAAUUCCACAUGAUCCAAAAUAGCUAGCCAAUGUUGAAAAUCUGUGUUAUUUCGUAUGCAAAUUCAGAUUUGAAAUAUAGCUUUGUAAAUAUAAAGCUAAUUUAAUUCUGAAAUCGAUAUAGAAAACAUAUUUAAAACAGUUGAUAACAACACCUAUUUUUCUUAUCUUAUCCAUGUAUUGUUUUCACGCUUUUGCUUAGUCCCGAUUAAAUUUUUUCAAGUUCUUUCAACCGUUCUGCUCUAUAUUGUUCCUCAAAAAUUUGGCUUCUAAAAUGAAUAGUUCGUACCCAAUUGGUCCGUUUAAAAUAUUUCCUGUUUCUGAUAUAUACAAUAUGUUCCUAAUGAAUUCACAAUAUAAGAUAUUACUCGAAAUGGAUUGCAUUUGGUAUAUUCAAAAAUGUUUAUUUAACAGCAAAAAAGGAAACUCAGUGCUAAAUUAUCCUAAAAACCAAAUUGUUUGUGUCUUGAUUUUCAUUUGAAAUCAAAUAUUUCAAUAUACCCUAUUUUUCUAAAAAGGGAUGAUCUGGCUAUUUCGAGACUAAUUUUAGUCAUCAUUAAUAAACAAAAUCUUGGUUGAUUUGACAUUCAUUCAUCAAUCUUUAACUUGAGCCCAAGAAUUUUACCCAUUUAAACAGAUCAUUGUUAAUUCUCACGAGCGUAAAUGCACUCUUAUGAUGUAAUGAACUGAAAUGAGCGCAGUGUUGACUUGUCUUUAUGUAAUUUACACUAGUUAGAAACACCUUUUAAUUUAAAGAUUGGGUGAAACAUAUUUAAUAUUAUAUUAUUAUUGUGUGAAGUUUAGUAGUAACAUCUAUCUAUAUUGUAUCUCCUUUAGAUUGAUUACUGUAUUUUAAUGUAAGUCUCAGUCAUCUUUAUUCCAGCCAGGGCAAACAUUGUAAUCCAGUUAUGGAAGCGCUAGGUAGCGUUAAAUACGAUUUGUCACAAAGUUUGUUUUUGCGAACUAAAUAUAUAAUAUAUUUCAAUUUAAUCCUUUCUGGCAGAAAUUUCGGUAGCAUUUUCAAGGAAUUAAUUUGUCAGAAUUUCUUUAAAAAAUAGUGAGUAUUUUAUAAAGAUUCGGUCUCACUGACUUUUAAUUUACGGUAAUACUAUUGGUGAAAGUCCUUUCUUGAUACUCCGAAGAAUCAAAACAUUCCUUCUCCAUUCGACUUACAGUAUAUUUUGCCCUGGUUGUAAUCUCUAUGAUUUAUAUUGGUAUGGUUUCUCUUGCGUAAAUUUAUUUUGAUUACUUAUUUGUAAUAUUCUAAAACUUGUUGCCAGUGUUGUGCCUCCGAAAAUAAAUAAAAAUACGAUGAAUUUAUUAUUUUAGGACUAAAUUUUGUUGUGAAAUUUACCAAACAUUCUUAUGCUUACCCUCCAUGAUUCGUGCAUCAGUAGUUGUAUUACCUGUUGAUUAUAAGCAAAUUUGCCAAUCAUUUCUCUCUGUGGUGGCUGCUGAUAGAUCAAAUCCUAACUAUUUGAUUUAUCAAUGUCAUAUGUAGAGUUUCAGAAUAUGUAUUUUUAAGCAAUGAUCUCAAGUUGAAAUCGAGUUCUAUAUAAUUCUAAGAUGAUGCAUCUUAAUAUCAAUAAUAAAAAGAUGUCUGAUGAUGAA